AGCCUCGGACGGGGAUCGGGGCGGCCGAAGCGCCGCCUUGGAAGAGCCGGCGGACCCACGGACGGAGCGAACGAGCGACCGCGCGCCGGGCGAACGGACGUCCGCGAUCGCAGCCCGGCUGGAGGCUCGCGUAGCCCUGUGUGCCCCGGUGCGGGCGGCGCCGAGAACCCGGAGGAGCGGCGCAGGGACGGUGCAGCGGGAGGAUGGAUGCCCGCCGGACGCCUGCCGUGGACAAGCUCCUGGGGAUUCUCCUCGUCCUCAGGCUAUCUUCUGGCCUGGCCUCCAUCCUUAAUGACACGGAGCCCACCCUGGAGCCUGAGGCCACGACGGACGCCUCUCCAGAACGCCAGAAGAUUGUAGACGCCCAGUUCAAGUGCUUUGAGCGAAUGAACAGUAAACCUCCCUACAAAAAACCAGGUCUGUUCUGCAACCGCACUUGGGACGGCUGGCUGUGCUGGGACGACACGCCCGCCGGGAGGCUCGCCGUGCAGGGCUGCCCCGACUACUUCCCCGACUUCGACCCCACAGAGCAGGCCUCCAAGUACUGCGACGAGCACGGGAACUGGUUCCGGCACCCAGAGAGUAACCGCACGUGGUCCAACUACACCCUGUGCAACUCCUUCACCUCGGAGAAGCUGAAGGCGGCCUUCGUCCUCUACUACAUGGCCGUCGUGGGCCACGGCUUGUCCCUCGCCUCCCUGCUGGCCUCCCUGGGCAUCUUGUGCUAUUUCAAGAGCCUCAGCUGCCAGAGGGUCACCCUGCACAAGAACCUGUUCUCCUCCUACGUGCUCAACUCCCUGUUCACCAUCCUGCACCUGGUCGCAGUCGUGCCCAACCCCGAGCUCGUGAAGGGAGACCCCGUUGGCUGCAAAGUCCUGCAGUUCUUCCACCAGUACAUGAUGGGCUGCAACUACUUCUGGAUGCUCUGCGAAGGCAUCUACCUGCACGCGCUCAUCGUGGUGGCCGUGUUCGCCCAGGAGCAGCGGCUGCUCUGCUACUACCUCCUGGGCUGGGGCUUCCCGCUGAUCCCCGCCUGCAUCCACGCUGCCUCCAGAGCCAGCUUCUUCGACGACAACUGCUGGAUGAGCGUGGACACCCACCUGCUCUACAUCGUGCACGCGCCCAUCAUGGCGGCGCUGCUGGUGAACUUCUUCUUCCUCCUCAACAUCGUCCGCGUGCUGGUGACGAAGCUCCGGGACACGCACCGCGCCGAGUCCAACAUGUACAUGAAGGCGGUGCGGGCCACGCUGAUCCUGGUGCCCCUCCUCGGCAUCCAGUUCGUCGUCCUCCCCUGGCGGCCGGAGAGCAAGCUGGCCGGAGAGGUUUACGACUACGUCAUGCACGUGCUCAUGCACUAUCAGGGCCUGCUCGUGGCAACCAUUUUCUGCUUCUUCAACGGAGAGGUCCAGGGAGCCCUGAGGAGGCAGUGGGCCCAGUGCAAGGCUCAGUGGGGCCAGCGGCGCCGGGACCACUGCUCCACGCGCUCCGCCUCCUGCACGGCCUCCUCGCUCACCGACGUCCCCGUUUCCCUCUGCUCUCCGGAUUCCCUGGGCCAUCGCCUCCACGGCAAGUUGGCUGCCACCGCGGAGGACGCCGAGCUCACCGCCCUGAGGUCUGGAGAGACGUCCGCGUGACGCCUCUCCCCCGCCCCGCCCCGGAGAUCCUGGCGCCCAGGCGCAGCCAGUCCCUCGCUCAGGCCCUCCUUCUGGCUGAGCAGGCCCAGGCGUGAGGGGGCGCCAUCCAGGGAACGUUCCCAGGAGCCACUUCUCCGGCAGGGGGCACCGGGGCAGGUCUUGGCCUGGCACAUCUCCCCUCCUGUAAAAAUGCCUCCAGGAUCGUCAGCUUCUCGGGGACCCCCUCCAGGAGCCCCCUCCCCCUCGGUACUGCCCAGGAGCAGGGAGGGGUUGGGCCUCGGGAUGCUCCCGGAUCUGUCCCUGGCUUGUGUCCAGCUGCAGCCUGGCCAGGUAUUAACUCCAGAUACCCCCUCCAGUAGCGGCAGGUUCAGCACCGGACAGCUCCAGGAGAGGCCGAGGUGGGGGAAGGGGCCACUAGUGACCCCAUCACUCUCCUGGAGGCGCCGCUGAGGGCCACAAGGCAGCCGCCAAGUCUGGAUGUUCCCGGAGAAGCCGCGAGAAAGGCUGCGGGUGCACGAGGGCCCGUUAAUGGACAGUCCGGGGCUCGGUGGGCAAAGGGACGGACUCCCUCGGCUCAAACUCUCGCUCCUUCCACAGGCCGUUUGGUCUCCGUAAGAGCAUCUGUGGUUGUCCCCGAGCUUCCGUGGUCCCCGUGGGCCAGCGGACUGGGCCGUACGCAGUGCCUGUGCGUGUCUGUGCUGUCUGAUGGGGGCCUGGCCUCUCUGGGGCUUGGGGGGGGUGAACACAAAGAGGUGACUGGGGGGGGGCAUCGGAUGGAGAGGAUCGAGGCAGACUGGGCCACGAGAUGAUUCGGACCUUCUCAGGACACUCUACAAGCUGGUGGUCUCAGUGGACCCAGAGGCCAGAAGAAAAGUAGAGUGGGGGAGAGGGACCCCCACCUCCUCCAGAGCAGAGCUCCAGUGGCAGAGGAGGCGGGAGGGUAGAAAAGCCCCCCCUCCCCCAGCAUCAGAGGAAGGGGGGGAAGAAGGGCCACACAGUGACCAGAGAACCAGCUCUGCAGGGUAAAAGACCCUGAUUCAAAUCUGGUCUCAGAUACUUUCUAGCUCUGUGACCCUGGGCAAGUCAUUUAACCUGCACUACCCAGCUCCGACUGUUCUAUAAGGUUUAAAUUGGGGGGGGGGGGGCGGGUACAGAACACCUGGAGAUAAGAAGCACCCAGGAGGCUGAUGACCAGGGAGUGGCAGAGGUGGCUGCCCGCCUAAGGGCCCAUCUCAGAAGGGUCAGAAGGUUAGCUUAGAUGCCAACAAGAGCUCCCACUCCAGUUGACUCCUAUGGGCUCAAGGCCGGGAGGAACCCAGAAAGCAGCAGCCGAGAUCAUGGCUCGGGCACAAAACCAGACCACAGGGGCCACAUGAUAGUGCAGGGGCGUGGGUUUGGAGAGGGAGCUUCCAGGGAAGACUGGUGUGUGGGGAGCUCAGGGCCAGAGCUUUAAGCAGAGGGGAGACGGAGCUGCUAAAAACAGGUCAGUGAGCCAUAGAAAGCAGCCCGGAGUCCAAAAAGGAAGUGGAAGGCCACAGGCAUGUCUACUUGUCCACACCUACCACAUGCCAGAUCCUCAGACAACCCUGAUAGGCCGAGAACGUGAAGUGCUUGGGUGUGGCAGGGGCACGAGGAAACAGGGAGGAAGCAGAGGCCUGAGCUUGAGCAAUGCAUGCUGACUGUGUGACAAAUCGGGACCCGACACCCUCUGUGUGGCAUAACCCCAAUACAGCGGAGACCAAUUUUCACGUAUUAAACCAGUUCACCAAUAAGGCCAAUUAGGAAACAGCUAACAUUCCAGAUCAGGUCGUCUGGUGUCCAAUCGGAGGAAAGAUGAGACUCCUGAAAUCAGAAAAAGGCAUCACACAUCCCUCAAAGGAGCGUGGCUGCCACAACCCAUGGAUCAGGAUGGGGCCAGCCCAUGGGGGCCUGAGAUGAGAAAACUCCCGGUAUCUCCCUGGACCUGACUGGCUAAAGGACUCUAAUGUAAAAGGUUGAAAUUAUGGUUGAGACUGAAAAAAAAAAAUCUAAAUUUAAGUGGUCGCCAAGGGAAAUUCCAAAUAACAAAUACCCAAGUCAGCUGCCAAAUUUUAUGGUGAUUUAAUUGAUAUAGUAGAGAAGAUUUUAAGAAAAAAGAGGAAGGAAGGGGCUAGUACCGGGCAGGAAGAUAGGAGAACUAGAAAGUAAGGGUUUGAGUGUGAAGGAGGGAAGAAUUAGCCUGACCUCCAAAGAGGCUCAGCUAAGAUGCCUGACCCCGAAAUCAGCUCCAGGGCAAAACUCACCAGCCAGCACUCCAGCAUGUUGGAACGCUUAGCACACUGCCUGCCAGAGUCUCUCCAGGGAAAAAGAAAGGGGUAGAAGCUGAAGUUCCUUAUGUGGACGUUUUUACAUCACUUUUCUGCAUCUCAUCUGUACCAAUGAGGACUUAGCUUGACAUGGGACAGCCCAGAGGUCUGUCCUUUCUUCGCACAUGUCUGUUGAAGGCCAUCUCCUCAGAUAAUUAAAUCUUGAGUUUGCUGCAGACUUUCCUAAUCUUGUUAAAUUGAGUAGGGUGGAGAAUGUAGAGUUUCCAAGACCUGAUUCUGUUAUUCCAAGUAUCUCGGUUGUUACUGAUGAGGAAAUAGCUAAAUCAGAUCUAAAGAAUGGUCGGAUUACAGGAAGAAGCAGUUCAGCUUCCCAACCAUAGAGGGCCAGGUUCAGACACUGCCCCAGAGUUCUCUCCUACAAUAGCAAUUGGGCUGGACCCAGAACUGAAGCUGCCGGCUUUACCUCCUCCUCCCCCCCCUUAGCUGCAGACAAGCAUCGGUCACUAUUAGGGGAGGGAGGGAGGGGAGAGCCCACGUCUGGCCCCCAGCCCAGCUACUCCAGAGAGAUGGCCACCGUGUGCUGGGAAUGGGGCUGGGCCCUGGCUCGGGUGCUGGGCGGGGAAGGGCAAACGGAAGGCAGCAGGCACCGGGAAGCUGCUCUGCUCUGCUCUGCCCUCACAAUUUUGCCUACAACAAACUCAAGUUGGGGCUUCUGGCAGCUGAGUUGGAGAGAAGAUCCUCUGGGCCUUCACUGCACAGAUCAGCAUGAACAUGGGGCUCGCUAGAGGAAGCACCCACGGGGUGGCCAGCGAGCGGGCUCCAUCAGAGACUGAGGGCAGCUCCCAGCUCCAGGCACCUGCAACAACCCGGUGGUGCUCCCAGAAACUGCUCAGAGGUCUCGGGGACGCAGGAGUUGGGUUUGGCCGCUCGAGGGGCUCCUCCAAUUCCUCGAACAAGGAAGCCCACACAAAAUGGUGGCCUUCAGGCCUGUCUCCAGGGCCCAGAGCAAAGGGGCCAACCAGCCGCCUCCCAGGAUCCUGGGCUGAAACCCAGACAGAGCACUUGGGUGCCUCUUCACACUCGAUAGGGAUGCAGUCUUCUUGCCCCGCCCUCUCCACGACUCCUCUGUGGGCUUCCUGUUGCCCCUUGUGAGGGUCCGAGGCUCACAUUCUGGCUCUCGGCAGCUCCUGCCCCGCGAUCCAGGUCACCAGGCGAGGGACUUGGGGCGUCCUCUGGCUCUAAAGGAAUUUCCCAGCAAGUGCUUGGAAUGAACUUCAAGUGCCAAGGCUUCCGGGGCUCUGGGGGCACUCUCAGAGCAGGGGGCAGGCUCCCCUGGCAUCAUGCCACCCUGGCAGACCUGAAAGCAGACCUUGCCCGGGGAUGUCUCCAAUAAUAAACUAUGCUUUAUGAGGUUCAUGAAGGAUCAUUAGAAAUCAAGGGUACAAAUGAAGAUCACAUGCCGUGGCUGACGGACAUUUAAAAUCCCCGCACUUGGCUUACCACUGCACUUGCUGCAUCAUCGCAAAGGGAGGAAAAGAGAGCGAGGGAGGCGUUACUGCCAGUUAAGUACCCAUCGUGAUCUCGCCAACGUGGGGCCUCGGGUGAGAUUACAGGGAAUUCUGGGAAAUACCCAGGGCUUCUGGGGUUCAAAUCUCCAUUUUACAGCACGUGCUCCCCUUGCUCAGUUAAGGAGCCCAACCUGAACCGUUUUUAGACUAAGAAGGCGGGGAGUGAGCCAACAACAAAGAAUCUCCACACAGAGGGCUAUUCUGGGGACUGGGAAGGCGCCAGCUGCCACUCUGGGUCUUCACACGUGCCACCGAGCUCUCACGGGUGGCUCUGAGAAGCCGAGGCACGGCAAGCCGGGCCAGCAGGAGGGCCACACCGGGCCGGGGGUGACCGACAGUGAGGCACACAAAGGCUUUCCCGGGCAGAAUGGGCAGACGUGAACGAUGCAUUCUGGCCACGAAGGAGGCACUACGGAGUACUUGGAGCUUGGUCGGAUGUGGAAGAAGCCACGGUCACCCACUGCAUCCUAGGCCAUCGCCAGUGGCCUCGGGUGACUGGAAGGAUGGUGCUGAGCACUCUGCGUCUCCGAGUCCAAUUUGCCCAAGACGGGAUGCCAUCGAGCCUCCUCUCCGACGUCCCCACCGGUGCCUUCCUGUCCCACAGAGCCCAUCCUCGGUCCUUCCGUCUCCUGUCCUGCAUCAGGCCCUCCCACAACGGUCUGAACCCUGCCCAGUUCAGCCCCCACACCUCUUCCUACCUGUUUGUCUCCCCACGACCCCCUCAUCUUCCUGGAGCAGAGGCUUCGAAUCCCAUCACUCCCAGACAAGGACUUAGAGAUAACUCGGUGUCUCAGUCCGCUUGCCACUGCCCCCUGGGCGUUCUCAUCAGGCUGCUCCAUUUGCCCCCACCGUGUGUCCACGCCUGUGCUUGGGCUGUCACCCCCAACACGAGUAGGCAGUGUAAAGGGGACCCUGUAGUAGGGGAGGAGGAGCAGCAGCAGCGAGGCUAUGAAGGGUGGGCAGGCAGACUCUCCAACAGGUUAGGGCAAUGAUCCAGGCAUGAAGUGGUGGGGGCUGGGGAGGGGGCAGCCACAUCCAAGGAGAGGAAGGGCACGUGGGAAGAGACAACUGACAGGAAGAGGAAGUCAACAGGCCUUGGCACCAUACUGGAUAUGGGGAGUGAGAGGGAGCAGCCCAGGAUGGCUCCUAGGCUGUGAGCCUGGAGAGCCGGGAGGAGCCACGGAAAGGUGGCCAGUGGCCGAGUUUGAGGCGUCCACGUGCCUCAAAGUCAGCCGGAGCUCAGCAGAGAGCUUGACUGAAGAGUGGAUGAUGGGAUGGAGAGGAAGGAAGGCCGGGGGGAGGGGGGGUGCACAAAAUGCUGCACCUCAGACAGAUCCAAUGUAUGGGCAGCUCCAGCUCAGCAGAGGGACGGUCUGUGAGCAUCUCCUUUAACACAGUGACCGGCUGGCUUAAAAGGUCAGGAAGUAUGUAGGUCCCUCUGGGAGAGCACCAGAGGCACCCUGGCCCUCCCUCCUGCCAUCGUGGGAAAGGAGGGGCCCACCAUCUUCAUGGGGGAGGGCCCUCCGGUGCAACAAGCCGUUCCACUUCUGCCCCGAGUCUUGGGCUCUGGGCUGGCAGUUGUCAAAGGCCGUUUCCAAUUUUACACCUGAUAAACCCUGCAUAGAGAAAAGCUCUUCCAAAGCUGCCAGGCUGCCACGUCGGCAGAGCUCACGCGCGAAUCACUCCGCCUUCAUCCGUCAACGGUCAGAUCUAAAUGGCAUCUCAUUAAGCACCAAGUCUGGGCCAUGGUCCAAGGAGGAGACGAGCUCGCUAUCAGGAAACUGCUUUCCAAGGGAACUGACCGCUAAGCUCGUGAGGACGCCCAACGGCCACGCCGUGGAAGCCAGCCUGCGUUUGCUUCUCACAGAGAAGGCCAAAGGGAAUCGGGCUCGAGUCUCCGCACGAGCCCUCACCGGAAGUCUCUUCUCCAAUUCCGUCCAUGCCCCAAGGAAUGGCCCUGCCAGGCCAAUGGUGGCCUCCUUCCUCUGGGGCCAAACCCUGCCGUCCGUCCUCAGUGGGAACGAACCCCACUCCUUGGCUCGCAUUCUGUGGCCUUUUGAGAAAUGCUUCCUGCUUUUAGAUCACCUUUAUUUCUUUUUCAUUAAAUCGGUUUUAGUUACAUUUG